GCUGACAUAAAGUACGGAGUAAUCACCCAAAACGAGUAUGGCUCAUCCUAUUCGAAACAGCCUUCGGAUAGGAGGUAUUUAUUUUGGCAUUUCAUACGCUCUGAUCUUCUGGUUGACGUUGGUUACUUUAGUGGAACACCAUUCUGGCGUCCAAGGAUCUUGUUCAAUCAAUUGUUUGGAUAAUAAUUAUUGCCUCUGUAUCGAUUUCGAGUGUAUUCUUGACGAUCCAUAUAAAGAAACAUAUCCCAGUGGAACACUUAUGUUCGAUGUCGUAGUAUCAUCGGACCAGCCUCCAGAAAAUGUUUCCAUUCGAAUAUCUCCUGAUUCUACUGACAAAGAGGCGGUGAAUAUAUUCAGUAUCGAGGGUCUUCAAGUUUUCUAUGAUGGAGGAUUCGACUUUGAGAAUAAUUCUGUAAUCGAAUUCGUCAUCGACUGUAAUGACUCGGAUGGCUGGAGUAGCGGAGCUGAUUCGCUAGAUCAUGAAGUGACUGUGACAGACGUUAAUGAACAUGCACCCUAUUUCGAUGUAAACAUCAUCACUGCCACAAUAGCAGAGAACGCAGAGAAUGGUACGCUGCUGGUGACAGAUGUCCCCAUUCAAGCUUUUGAUGACGACGGAACAGAUGUCGACUUAAGUUACAGUAUCUCAGAUGACGUGCCAUUUCGAAUAUCUUCUGGUUGCCAAUCUGGUCAAGUGUUUCUAAUUUUGAAUGACGAGAUAGACUAUGAAACCCAGAUGUCGUAUGAUUUUACAUUAACAGUAAAGGAUGGGGGCCAGUGUUCCAGUGGAUUUGACCCAAAAGAAGGCAACGUUACCAUCAUGGUUCUAGUUAACGAUACAGAUGACGAACCACCGGUAUUCAGUCAGGAUAAUUAUAACGUCACAAUCCCCGAGAGAAAUUCGUUUUUUGUCUACAUGGAUAUUUCGGCCACGGAUGGCGACACCCUUAACACGCCUCUCCAGUUCAGCUUUAUUGGACAAAGCGGGAAUUGGGGAUGCUUAGACUAUCUCGCGAUUGACCCUUAUACCGCUGAGGUGACCUUAAAGAAGGAACUUGACUACGAGACAUCUUUGGACCCCUGCAUAAUUACCAUACAGGCGGUGCAGCAGAACAAAUGUGAGAUGGUUGGACAAGCAACCUUGAGCGUGACGGUCGCGGACGUCAACGAAUGUCCGAGUUUCAUCUCGGAGAGCUACUCUGGACAACUGACAGACGCAGACCCCUUCGUGAUCGUCGACGACGGGAGCGAACGGUUGAUCAUUAGCAUGACCGACGAAGAUUUGACUUUCGUCGGAGAUUACUUUAUUGUCCCUGAUAAUGUAGUUGAGCUGGUAAAGGUGUCUACCCAAGAAGAAAGUAAUUAUCCCUUAUUUUACAUCAAAUUCUUGGAUACGGAAACAAUCACCGAUGAUACAGAACUACAGAUUUAUCUGAGUGAUAACACGACGGAUGUGGAGUGUGACGAUUCGGUUACGAACGUUACUGUGCAGCUAACGCCCGACGGAUUGGCGCCUAACUUUACUGAAAGCCAUUACCGUGGAGAAGUAGCGGAAAAUGCAACAGAUGGUACAGAAAUUGUUCAGGUGGAAGCAACGAAUUCUGACAUGACCUCUGAGGGGAUCGUUUAUCGUCUGCAAAUGGCAUCAGACGGUGGAGAGAAUGUCUUCGGCGUCGAUGUCGAUAGCGGUGUCGUAUCCGUGGUCGAUGACACCGACUUAGAUGCAGAAACGGUUCAACAAUACACGCUACUUGUAGAAGCGGUUGAUCAGAGAGGAACAUACUACAGGUCCAGUAUCGUAUCCGUAAUCAUAGAAGUGAUCGAUAUCAACGAGCACGCACCAAGGUUCCCCAAUGACGAUAUGGACGUCGAAAUCGAAGAAGAAUUACCAAUUGGGUUUCCAAUAAGAACUGUACAGGCCAACGAUUCUGAUGUGGAUGCUAUUCUUGAAUACUCCAUCUCAGAGACCGAUGUUCCAUUUCGAAUAGAUCAAAAAACAGGAGAAUUUUUUACGGCUGGUGAACUCGAUCGUGAUGAUGGGCCAUCAACAUAUAACAUAACCGUCGUUGUCAGCGAUGGACAAAAUGAAGACGAUUACAUCUUGACUAUUUCUCUGACUGACAUCAAUGACAACGCCCCCAAAUUCACCGGAGGGCCGAUCGAGGUGUCGGUGCCGGAAAACACGACAGAUCCGGAAAGUUUGAAAGUUAUUGAGGCCACCGACAUCGACGAGGGGGUCAAUGCCGAGAUCGUUUAUAGUCUCAUGUCUCCCGAUGAUGAUAUUUUCUCUAUCGACAACGAGACGGGAAUGCUGUAUGCAAACGGACCAUUUGACUACGAAACCGUGAGGGAAUACAUACUCGUCAUCAGUGCCUCUGAUUCGCGAUAUUCCACUUUAACUACGGUGACGGUAAGGAUCACCGAUGUCAAUGACAACGCUCCGGUAUUCACGUCAUUAUGUUCGAUGGUUGAAGUCGAGGAAGACGCCGAUGUUGAUCGCGUGAUAUGUACAGUACUAGCCGAGGACCUCGAUGAUGACGGGAAUGAUGCCAUCACGUACUCGCUCGACCAGUCCAACGGUAAUGUUCCAUUUAAGAUUGAUGAUCCAACAACAGGUGAAAUAAAAAUUGUGCGGGAAUUGGACAGGGAAUCAGAGAGCAGUUACAAUAUUACAAUUUUAGCAGAGGACGAUGGGGAUCCUCCUCUAUCCAACAGCACCACUGUCAUCGUGGUCGUACUGGAUGUCAACGACGAGAAGCCGAUGUUUGAGGAUGCAUCGCUGGAGGUUUAUAUACAAAAGGGCGAAUUAGCUUUCCCACCAGUUCUAAUCUCAACUGUGAAAGCAACCGAUGGUGACCUGCAUCCUUGGAACAUCAUCCAAUGCGAAAAGACGGGCGGAGAAGAUUCCUUCGUCGUUCUUACUGGUCAAGAUGGUGCUUGUGAGGUGUAUGCCUACGAAGAGCUUGACAUAUCGCCCGAACCGUACAUGGUCACCUUCUACGCCUUCAAUCCGGAUAACCGAGACCGUCGCUCUGAGAACAUGACGUUGAGCGUGCAUAUCCGAGAAACAGUCUGCUUCAUUACAUUCGUGAAUGAGGACGAGUAUGACGUCAUCGUUUUGGAGAGUGAGCUGGAUUCAAGUGUGCCUCUUAAUCUGACGUUGGAUGUCAUAAGCAACUGUAAUGAAGAUGACGUCAUGUUUGAAAUAUUAAGUCAAAGAUAUCGUAAAGAUAAAUUGGCUGAAGAUUUUUUGCCAGCUAAGAAUUUCACUAUCGACCCCACGACUGGAGAAAUUUUCCCUACCGACAAUGCAAUGGAAGGGGAACAUAAUUUGCUUGUGAGUGCAUAUAACGUGUCUGACAAUGAGGUGAACGAGACAACAACGGUGCGUGUAGUUGUUACUGGCGAAAACACCCCACCAGAAUUUAAGGAAGAAAUAUACUUUGCCAGCAUCACAGAGUCCGAGUCCACGAUCGUUGUCAUUGAACUCGAUGGAGAGGCCAUUGAUGACGAUUACCCCAGUUUUGGCAAUGGAGAAUUGAGAUUUGAGAAGGGAAAUGAGACGUCAGUUGACUCCGAAACUGAUUAUUUCGCAGUUAGCCCGACAGGCCAGGUGACCACAACAUCAGAUAAGCUCAACAAAAUAAACAAUAGAAUAUUUGAGCUAGUUGUCAAGGUGAUCGAUGGCGGCAAAGAGCCCCUCAGUGAUACCGCUGUCGUGAUCAUCGAUGUCAACAUCGAUGAAUCCAACCCUGUCGUCAGUCCACCGAUGAUUACCACAGACUGCAGUAAUGCAGUGGAAAUAGAAGAGGAAGUGCCUCAUCCUGUUGCUAUAUGUAAUGUUUCCGGCUACUCGGCUUACGAUGACGAAGUUAUCUUUGGUCUGCAUUCUUCUUCCGCCGGAUAUUUCAACAUUAGCAACGAUUCGGGUGCAAUUACAACAAAUCACACAUUCGAUUACGAGAAUGACGGCCACUCAUACACGGUUCUUGUUUAUGUUGAAGGAACAACGUCUAAACUGCGCAACUAUACAUCCAUCGACAUCACCAUAACUGAUAUCAAUGACAAUGCGCCUGAUUUUUCGGAAAGCGAAUUGUGGUUCUCAAUCGAUGAAGAUCACCAUGGUGCAACAAAAUGCACUACCCCCGUUGGUUUAAUCCAAACUAAAGAUAUUGACUCAAAUGAAAACCAGGAUGUGACGUAUGAAACAGAUCAUGACGACUUUGAAGUACAAGAAAAUAUCCUUACGGCCGUAGGGUGCAUCAGCCUUAACGACGUUAGAUACUCGACCGGGAAGGUCAUGAUAAACAUCAUCGCCGUCAACAUCGGAACAACCCGCAAUCAAACCUCAAAUGCAUCCAUCACUAUCAUGAUCGAAGACCUGAAUGACAACGCACCGGUCUUUAAAAAUGACGCGGGUGAUUUUAGCGUCUCUCUCGAAGAUCUAUCCGGAAAUCAGAUUGUUUUCCAGAGUGAAUUCGUCGAUGAGGAUCAGGGGCCAUACAACAAUGAAACAAUAUUCAGCUUAGCUGAUGAUCAGGAUGAUUUGAUCUACUCACUGUUCCAAAUGUCAUCAGACGGGACUUUGACAACGCGAGACAGCAACGCCAUUAAAGACGAUUACCAGGAAGAAUUGUAUGAAGUAAAAAUUGUUGCAAAAGAUAUGGGCCGACCACCUUUAAGUUCAUCAAAAAUUGUCACAGUCUAUGUCGGCAAUUUUGAUGUGACCAAGCCAUAUUUUCCAACUAAAGACCGAAUUUAUUCGAUUGAAAUAGAAGAGAACAGUGAGGAAUCCUGCCAUGAUUUCCCCAUACCUCUGACGUGUAAUGACACAGACGUCGAGGUAGACUACGAGCUCGACGUCGAAAACGAUGUAGGAGAGAAUAUUAUUGGGGAUGAGUUAUUUUAUGUUAAUGUUGCUGAAGGAGAUGAGAAGCACUUUCUUUGUAUCAAGGAAUUGGAUCGAGAGUUCAGUUCUUUGUACACGGUAACACUCACUGCUUCGUAUAAUGACUAUCACGCUUGUAACACAUCUAGCAGUGUGACCAGAAAACGGAGGGCUGCAGAAGUUCCCUCCAACACCAUUGUCUUUACCAUCACCGUAACUGAUACGCUAGAUAGCCCGCCCUCUAUCGAGUUUCCAGGCUUCUCAAAUAGUACAUCCAUCUAUCUGGCGGCUAUUGAUAACUUGCAGAUCGGAAGUCCUAUUUACACUGUUUCUGCAACAGACGAUGAUGCUACUUGGAAUUUCGAGUUCACACUUACCAAUAUUGACGACGACGAUGAUGGACGCCCCAAGAACACCAUUACCAUCAACAACAGCACAGGUCAAAUCGUUACGAACGGCCCGCUCUAUCCGUGGAUCGGUGACACGGAUAACUGGGAAUGGGAAGGGGCGAAUUUCCCAGCGGAAAGAACGCAGGACCGUUACAGUGUGACGGUUUGUGACGUCAGUCCUAACAUCACGGAUGCACAGUGCAGUAACGCGACAGAGUUGACGUUCAAAAUUCUUCUGUCUUUUGAGCACAUCAUCAUUCGUUUUAACAAACCAGUUGCCUCUAUUCAACCUCAACAGAAUGAUAUUCUAGGAUGUAUCAUUGAGAAGAUGGACCUUAAUAUCACGCUCCAGUUUCUCUCACUCGGAAUGGAAAAUGGUAUAUCAGAUCCUGAUGACAAAGUGACAGAUAUGUGGGUGUAUGGAGUCGAUCUGUCAAGGCUACCGGAAUCUCCUUAUCUCAAGUUUGUGGACUUCGAGGAACUGUGGGUUAAUACUGAAGGACUGGACGAAUGCGUGAAUGAUACUGAAAUGACGAUAGCACGCCUUCAACUAUCAAAGAUACUGCCAGAAGUGGCCAGGACAUCAGCCAUUGAGGCCUGGGUGCCCAUCGCCCUAGGCAUCAUCAUCUUCAUUGGAAACCUCAUCUGCAUCAUUCUACUUAUAGUAUCAUGGAGGAAUAUGCAGAUGGAGAGUGGGAAAGAAAUCGCAAGGGAGCUGACCAUACGUGACGAGGAUAGACUCGAGAAAGGCAUCGCUAAUCCAGUUUAUGACGUCACUGGUGAUUAUGAGAUCACGGCUACUGAGGCAGUGGAAAGUGCAACAGGGUCUGAAGAACUAUUGAUCACAAAGGUUUAUCUAACCGAUGGAAAGACCCAAUCGACUAUCGCUAUGACAGCUACAGAUGACCCUAAAGAUGUAGAGAUAGCAGUUGGAACCGAUGAUGAUAUUCUGUUGCUCCCGGAACCACCUGCCAACAGAGAUUAUGAUUCUGACGAGGAAAUGAUGAAUAUCUACCCCUUUGAUGAACCUGACGAAGAAUACGAAUUCAAAGUAGAUAUUGGCGAAGCCCCAGCAUCACCCACCAUUGAAUCAUCUCCAGAAAACCCAGUUCUGAUACCAUUUGCUGAUUAUGAUUCAGAAGACACAAAAGACAAAGAUGGAACGAAAGAUGAACCGAAGAUGGAAGAUCAAGAAGAGAGUUUGGGCUCUAAACCGAAACCGCCACCUGUUGCACCUAAACCUACAAAUCAAACUCCUCAGGAGCCAAAUGCAGAGAUUGAUUCCUUGAUGGCUGAAGACAGAGGUCAUCAUGAUGAUGUAGCUGAUACAAAAGCAGCCCAAAAUGAAGAUACGUCUGGCUCCGCCAAGUCCAAGAAUGGUCCCUCGUCUUUGAUUGAGCCGUUUCCGCCAGUUGACUACCAAACUGAAACCACAAAUACAGAGGACAAAGAGCAGAGUCCUGCUGUUGAACAUGACAAUGCGAACAUUCCACCACCACCACCACUACCAAUGCCUUUAGUCCAAGAAGUGCCUCUGGUUGAUGAUCAGGUCCAAGACCACCCGCUUCCUCCGCCGCCACCGCCUAUUGUCCAACCUAUUGUCCCGCCUAUUGAUUAUGCUGAUGGAAAGACUGUGACCUUUGGAGGGGAGACUGUGGUCGGAGAAGGCGCAGGAGACGGUGAGAGUACCACAGACCUGGAGACGGCCAGCGAGGCAAGCUCUCAAAGUGCCACUGCGGAGGAAUUAAGUUCACCCAAACUACAACCAUCAAGGAGCCGUCCUCCUCUCACAUCUGAAAUUGAACUAGUCGCUGCCUCAUUCAAUGGUGAUGUCUAUCCUCAUUCUAGGAAAGAAAAUCCUGAGCUGUUGGCAUCUCCUCAAUCUACCUGUGGAUCAGAUGGUGAAAGUAUUGGGCUUCUGGAAGACGAGUCCCUGAUCAGCGUUGAUGAGAUUGGGACAAGCGGGAUUGGGGUUACACAACUCUAGUUACUUCGCAGUUAAGGCCAGUAAAAUUAUGCUUGACAAUACAAUACCUGAUCAAUGUCCCGUUACUAAAUUCCUACUGUGUAUUAUGUGAUAGAUCUUAUCCCGUAGAGUGACCUAAUGCCCAUCCAGUGUUUCUUUAUAUUACUGUUUUUUGGAAACAAAACAAACAUCUUACAAAGUCUCAAUUAGAAAAUAUUCAAUUCACAAUGAAGCAUGUUCAAUGAUUUCAUUUUUCUUAUGUAUUCUUCUUAUAAACAUCGCUUUGGUUUGCUUGGACUUGAAAAUAUACAAAUUUGUCAAAAAAGUUAUUUUUAUUGCUUUACUCCAAUACUACAUGUAGUAUAAGAUUAAAAAAUUGAAAAGUAUAUCCCCAAUGGCUAUAAAUUCAUGGAGUAACUUUGUAGUGUUAAAAAAUAAAUAAUAAACGUGUAAUUCUUGUUAAAGAAUGAAGUAAAAUAGAGCGAUCAUCAUAUGAACUUCAUUUUUUCAAUGAUGUGAACAAAAUUAGUUUUCUAAAAAUGAUAUGUAAACAAAAAGAGGUCUGUUUGAGGUAUUUUGAUAGGGAACAAAACAACCCAAAUGUGACCUCCCUUUUAUGGAGAGCUUUUUCUAUUUCUUCCUCUUUUGUUCUUUUAUUUCUUCUCUUUUUUCCUUUCCUCCCCCUCUUUUCCAACUAUUUGGAAAUCGUAAAGAGGCAGACACUCCCUGCCUGUGUUACAUAGUGCCAUUCAAACAAGAAAGAUAAGCUUUAUAGAAAAUAAAAAGAGAAAGAUUCAAUACUAUUUCACAGCCAUCGUGGUAGAAGUGAUCUAUACUCUGAUUUUUCUUUACAGCAGCAACAUUCCUGCAAUAAAUAAUAGAAAAGAAUUCUUGCCAAAUCCGUAAUAUUAAUAAAUUCAUUUUACUCAUCCGCAAGUGUGUAUUAUUUACUCUAGAAUGCUAGACAUGUACGUGUAUUAUGCUACUCAGUUCGUCUUAGAUUUGAUUCAAAUAAUUAUUGAUCGAUAUCAAUUCCAGACUGUCAUGCCCCAUUGCAACCAUUAACAUGGACAAAUGAAUAAUUUUGUAAACUCCAUGUAGAAAGUUAGAGUUUACAUACGCAUCAUGGGUGAUAAAAAGCGUAGUGUCAGCCUUAUUUUGUUGGUGUUCACAUCGCCGAAUUUUGCCCAGCACAGCACCUACAUGUAACUUAAAAUUUUCCUCUUUCAGGAGAGGGUGUGAUAUAAUUUGUCAUUUUAUAUACUGAAGGUACAAUAUAACCAAUUUUAAAUUUCUUUAGAAAAUGAUAUUUCGUUGAUUUUUUUUAAAUUCACGAUGUAUGGGAAGCCACUCGCAUAUGAUGUCACAAAUUAAAAAAUUAAAAUUCUAAUAGCUUUUUAAAUUUUUGAUGGAUUUUCCUCAAACCUUCACCAAUAUUUAUUUUCUGCUAUUUUUACAAUAAACUUUUUUUCAGGGUGAACUUCCCUUUUAAAGAGCCCAUUUUUGUUUAUUUGCCAUAUUGGUUUUAUCUCAAUCAGCAGUGAGAAGUGUAAAAUUGACCCCCUGCCCCCUGUGUGCCCCCCCCCCCUCCUCAUUGAGACCCACCAGUCUACAGAAGAGAGCAAUUUGAGUGAUGUCUCUCUGUCAUUUAAUUUUCCAUUUCCAACCAUCAUUUACAAUAAGUUUUGUUACAUACAUCUUGAUAUAUAAUCAAUAAAACAUGGAAACUUUAUAUGUAUAAUAAUCAAGAUAACCAUGUAUCAGGUUGGAAACGGAGGAAGCUGCUAAAAAGUGAAGCUUGUAGAAUGCAGCCUCUCUGUCAUGUCUUUGCUCAUAUUUUUGUUAAUCAUGCAUGAUAAAAUCAAUGGAUUUCUUCACCUUAUAAUUUGAGUAGUAUUGUUUGUGUGUUCAUUAAAACAAUAUUUUCAUUGGAAAUAUAGAUAUUUUUCAAUACUCGAGAUUUUCAAAUAAAUGCUGUAAUGCAGUUUUUCAUCCACCUGUG